AUGGUUUAUCUGUUACUGGCACUCGGCCUGGCAGCGCUUCUGGUCGGCGGUACUUUACUGGUGCGCGGCGCAUCCGGUAUUGCUGCCGCAUUCAACGUACCCAACAUGAUCAUCGGCCUGACUGUUGUUGCAUUUGGCACCAGCAUGCCGGAACUGGUGAUCAACGUCACAGGUGCCAUCCGAGGUGAAACAGAUAUCGCCUUCGGUAAUGCGGUGGGUUCUAACCUGGCAAACUUUGGUCUGGUACUUGGCAUUGCCGCCAUCAUGUCGCCAAUUUAUCUUCAAGGUCAGGUUGUACGGCGCGAAGUACCGUUCCUUUUACUGGUGACCGCCAUAUUAAUGGUGAUGGCCUGGGACAUGCCACUUAACGGCACCACACCAUUGAUCGACCGCAGCGACGCCAUCAUUCUGUUCUUGAUGUUUACUGUGUUCAUUUAUUUUGUCGUGCGCGAUGUUGUUAAAGAAUCAGGUGACCCGGUGUUCGCUGAAGCUGAACACUUUCCGGCACCUGCGCGCACCGGGUUGGUAGUGAACAGCGCCGCGUCGGUAGCAGGUAUGGCCCUGUUAAUGGUGGGCGGCACGCUGACCAUUGAAAACGGCUCAGCUAUUGCCAGGUUGCUGGAAAUGCCAGAAGUUGUCGUCGGCAUUUUCAUUGUUGCGGUAGGUACCAGCUUACCUGAAUUGGUAACCUCGGCGAUCGCGGCUUACAAAAAAGAAACUGACCUUGCACUGGGCAACAUCGUCGGUUCUAACAUAUUUAACUCGUUGGUCGUCCUGCCUGCUGCAGCCAUAAUUGUACCCAUACCGAUUCCAAAGGGGGGCGACCUGGAUCUGGCCGUUGGCUUUGCUUUUGUGCUGGUUGUUAUUCCCUUGUUUUUAUUCAGCGGUGCUCGCCUCGGAAGGCGCGCGGGCGCGGCCAUCGUUGCCACCUAUUUUGCCUAUAUGAUUUACCGGAUUCAAGCCCAGGCUGCCAUUGAUACCCGCCAGGGAUUACUCAAAGUUGUUGUCAGCUACUUCGGACCGAUCGUUGGCAUGGCCAGAGGGCAGAUCCCUUACGAUGCCGACGUCGUGAAAAACAACGCCGAAAAAGUGGCCAUGUUACUACCUAUGAUUCCUGACGUUUUUCGCAAAGACACUCGCGAAUCGGGUUUAGAAACAGAAGCGCUGAAUGAAAUCUGGGACAACAUGGGCGAUUUUCAGACAAAAACCGAUACGGCGACCGAGCGCGCACUGGCACUGGCCGCAGCAACAGCUGACGGACAGGAAGCAGCGAUGAAGGCGUUUGGUGCUCUGGGCGCAGGUUGUAAAGGCUGCCACGACGACUACCGCCAACAAAACUGA